AUGGAUGACGUAGCAAGUAACAAUGCUUCAGGCGCUAUAACCGCGGGUUCCUUUACACUCGCGACACUGCAGGAAGCCGCCAAGGCACAAAAAGAAUGGGCCAAAUAUGUUGCUUUUGAUGGGGAGGGGCGAAUUUUGUUUGGCAACGUGAAACCACUCGAUGGCGAGAUCACUGGCUUCUUAAAACUCUUCAACAAGCGCGAGGAUACGAUAGCAUCGGGUGUAGUAUUGCUAGGCGAGCAGUACGACGUUCAUCGAUUUCAUCCUCCGCUUAUUUACGGCCGUCGUGGAGAUCCAUCGCUAGAAGAAGGCGAAGGCAUUGCGAUAUGUAAAAUAGUGCAAGGGAAUCGCACGCUCUUCUGUCUUAUCACUUACGUGUAUCCAACGUUGUCAGCGCGUGCAGUACCGCAAUUAAAAGAAUUUUGCGAAGCUCAGUUGGCUAUGCUUGGGUGA